AUGAAGACAGCCCAAAGAAAAGCACUGAAAGCGGAGGGAAAGCGUCAGGAACUUGAACUCCCCCCCCCCCGCCCCCGGCAGGGCGGCGGGGUGAAGGCCGCGGAAGGCGCGGUGUUGACAGGAAGGGACCCACGUGCCGGGGGAGGGGGGAAGGCCCGGCCCCUCGGCCCCGCUCCGCGGCCCCGCCCCGACCGCACUCCCGGCCCAGGCCUGGCGCGGGGCCUCCGCCGUACGGGGGGUGGGGGGAAGGGAGGGGCCGCGCCAGGCCAGGCCGCCUCUCUACGCGUCUCCCACGGCGCUCCCCCGCCACACCGGGUGGUCGCGGCCUUUCCCCGCGCCGGGCCCGGCGUCGCGGGAGCGCUGCGGAGGGAAACGGCGGCAUCCCGAACAAAGCGAGGGAAAGCCCAAGACACACAAUUCCCCCCCCCUCCCCUUACCGCCCGGACCCAAGCGAACGGUCCGGGCGGCGGAAAACGGCGCCGCUCGUCCGCCCACCGGGAGAGAGAGAGACCUGAGCGGGGCCGCGGCCCGACGCCCGCGCUUGGGGGCGGAGAGAGGCGGUGGCGGCGAUUGGCCGGAGCGCUUCCCCCCCGGGAAGGCCGCGGAGGGCGGGGGUUGUCCCGGCCCAGCGCCUGCCCCGGUGCCGCCAUUCCCUUACCUGGCGCCAGCCCCCACCGGGCCGGGCAGGAGGCGCUUCCGCGGAGCGGCGGGAGCCGGGCCCGAGCGCGGCGUUUCUCGGCUGAGGGGAACAACCGCCCUGAGCGACGGUUACAGCCGCGCAACGGUCCGCCCCCUCACCCCGCCCCUUCCCGCCCGCCAACGGCGCCCAUUGGCCACAACGCGCCGUUUGAAUCGUGGGUGGCCGCACGCUAUUGGUUGCCGCCCGAUGGCGCGGUCCUGCCGCCUGAGGCCUGCCGUUUUACCCGCCCCGGUGAGGGGUUGAGCGCGGUGGUUCGGUUCCCUGACGGGGUCGGGGGGCUGAUAACGGGUGCGAGUGCGGAGAGGAGGAGAAGCUAG